AUGGCUAAGUUUAAUACUCAAAAGUUUGUGGGGGAUCCUUCCUCUGAAUUGCAUACUCUUACCGAUGCUAAAAAAUCUGAAUUAAUGGGAGUAGCUAGGCAUUUAGACCUUGAGUUACGUUCUAGUAUGCGUAAGUUUGACAUUAGGAAAGUGAUAAUAGAUCACUAUAUGCGUAUUGGAACCUUGGGUGACGAAGCUAGGCAGUAUCUUGUUCCAGAAACCCCUUCCCUUACAAUUGAACAAAAAUUAGAGUUUGAACGUCUUGCAGUCGAGCGUGAAAAAGCUCAGUUAGCUUUAAGGCAGGAAGAGUUAGCUUUGCAAGCCGCUGAAAAGAGAAGUGAAUUUUCUCUUAAGGAAGAAAGAGAAAAAUUUGAAAUGGAAAAAGUUAAGUUAGAAUGGAAAAAGCUAAAGUAUGAUCCCAAGGAUUAUUUUCGGGUAUUUGAGGAAACUGCUAAUCACCUUAAUUGGCCUGUUGAACAGAGGGUAUGGCUCCUUAAACCUAAAUUGUCAGGUAAAGCUGCUAAGGUUGUUAGGCAUCUGGAUGAUACUAAUGAUUAUAAACAGAUUAAACCUGUUUCGCAUGUGCAAGCAAAUGUACCCGAUGUAUUUGAUGAUUUUAAGUCUGAAGGUAUAAUAACCUUGGGGGAGAAAGAACAGAAGUCUAGGGUCACUAUAUUAAGAGACACUGGAGCUGCUUUAACUUUGUUGCAUAGUAAGGCUUUACCUAAUGUUGAGAAUAAUUUAACUGGUGAGAAGGUGGUUGUAAGGGAUCUUACUGGAAUCUCAUCCAUUCCCCUUGCCAGUGUUUACCUUGAUUGCCCACUUGUAAAAGGGAAAGUUGAAUUAGGGGUGAUUGAUACAGAAUUGCCGGUAAAAGGAGUUUCAUUGCUAUUGGGUAAUGAUUUAGCCGGGAAAUUAAUUGUACCAAAUUUAAUUGUCACUGAUACCCCCAUGAAGGAUAAGGUAGAUCUUGAACAAGCCCCAACACAUAUAGUCACUCGGUCCCAAGCAGGAGAAAAGGUAAAUGACUUUGAAGUAGAUAGUGAUUUCUUAGCUAAGGUAAUGUCUAGAGGUAAACUUAUAGUUGCCCAGAGGUAUCAUUCCAGGAAUACUGAAACUGGUUAUGGAGACAAAAUUGUUAAUGUUAAUGUUAAGGUCAAGGACGAGAAACCUGAAGUAAGUGAACCUGAAUUCAUCUAUUCGUGGCGUUUUGUAGAUAAUGAUGCUGCCCUGAAAACCUUUGAAAACUCAUGUCAACAUCUUUCUCCUUUUCAAUCAACAGAACUUCAAAACCUUAUUUGCUCUUACCCAGAACUUUAUCGAGAAAAUCCAGGUCAGUGUACAGUUCUCACCCAUGACAUCGAACUUCUACCAGGAACUGCUCCCAUACGACAACACCCUUAUCGCAUCAGCCCGGCCAAGAAAUUAGUAAUGAAAGAAGAAGUGGAAUAUCUUCUGAGAACUGGAUUAGCUAAACCAAGCAAGUCACCAUGGGCGUCUCCCUGUCUAUUGGUACCAAAGGAGGAUGGCAGCAUGCGACUGUGUACAGAUUACAGGAGAGUAAAUUCUGCUACUGUUAAGGAUAGUUACCCUUUACCCCGUCUAGAUGACCUUAUAGACUCUGUGGGCCAAGCAAAGUAUGUAGCUAAAAUAGAUCUCCUCAAGGGGUAUUAUCAGGUGAAGUUAACAUCUAGAGCCAAGCUUAUUUCGGCUUUCAUAACUCCUUUUGGGUUAUUCCAGUAUGAAGUAAUGCCUUUUGGUUUAACAAAUGCCCCAUCCACAUUUCAACGCAUAAUUAACUACACCAUUCAGGGUCUAGAGGGAGUAUUUGCAUAUCUAGAUGAUAUAUUGGUGAUAGGAGAUUCUUGGAAUAUGCUCUUUGAUAGAUUAAGAGAAGCCCAGUUAACAAUAAAUUUACAAAAAUGUGUUUUUGGUCAAGCUACAGUUACUUACUUGGGACAUAUUGUAGGUGGAGGUAAUGUCAGGCCUAAAACUCCAAAUGUUAAUGCCAUUCUUGACUAUCCAGAACCUAAGACUAGGAAAUCCCUUAAAAGAUUUCUGGGUAUGGUUUCAUAUUACAGGAAGUUCUGCCGUAAUUUUGCUUCAGUAGCUGCCCCUUUACAUAGUCUUACCAGCCCUAAAAAGAAGUAUGAAUGGGAUGAGAAAUGUCAGGCAGCAUUUGAACAUUUAAAAUAUUUUUUGAGUAGUGAGCCAGUCUUACACAGUCCUAAUUUUUCUAAACCCUUCUCUUUGCAAGUAGACGCUUGCGACACUGGUGCUGGAGGAGUGCUGUUGCAGGAAAUUGAUGGGGUACUCCACCCAAUAGGAUACACCUCCAGUAGUUUCAAGCUUCAUCAGUUGUCCUACAGUACCAUAGAGAAGGAGCUCUUAAGUUUGGUUCUUGCUCUCCAAAAGUUUGAAUGUUAUCUACAAGGAGCUCCCGUCAUCCAUGUCUAUACGGACCACAACCCCCUCACCUUUCUUGAGCGCACCAAGGCCCAUAAUCAGCACUUACUAAGAUGGGCUUUAUAUCUUCAAAACUUCAACCUUCAAAUAAAGCACCUCAAGGGCAGCGACAACGUAUUUGCUGAUGCCUUGUCACGGGCACAUUCUCAACCUUCUCAGGAGAAGGAAGGUGUUUAA